AAAUAUUUUACACUAUACAACAAAAAAAAUCAACAUUUAUCAAUGACAUUAUUCAUAUUAUUUCUUCAUCCAAUGAUCGAUUUAUUAUUUAUGGACCAACUUAUCAUUCUUGUGAUGAGGUAUAUGAAGUAAUUCAAGAAAAGUUGCCAAAUAUUAAGGUUGGAAAAUAUCAUGGAGAUGUACAAUCAGAUAAACGAGAAGAAGUUUUGAUUAACUUUAAAAAAGGAAUUUUACAAGGUGUUAUAGCAACUCCUGGUUUUGGCAUGGGAAUAAAUAUUAUAGAUAUUCGUAAAGUGAUUCAUUUAGCAUCUCCUUUAAGCAUAGGGAAUUAUAUACAAGAAAGUGGAAGGGUUGCAAGAGAUGGAAACCCAGGCCAAAGUAUUUUAUUUUUUUCUCAUUCAGACUUAGGCACAUUAUUUUCAGUAAUAGCAGGUGGAAAAGAAAG